ACAAAACACUCAGAGACUGUCAAGCCUUCACUUCCAUCUUCACGUCUCCGCCUGCUACCUUCUUUGUGUCAACUUGUACCGUAUAUUGCUGCACAGUGGGCCUCCAACAUGGGACCAGAAAAAACAAGGAUCGGGCCUCUAAUAAUGAUUCUACUGCUGGCAGGUGAAAUGAUUUCAGCUCAAAGUACAACUGUGGCCGUUAAUGCUACAGAAGCCCCAACUGCAGCCCGUAAUUCUACAGUCAACAUGACCUCACCAGGAGUCAACAUGACUUCACCAGCAGUCAACAUGACCUCACCAGGAGUCAACAUGACCUCACCAGGAGUCAACAUGACCUCACCAGCAGUCAACAUGACCUCACCAGCAGUCACCAUGGCGUCAACAAAUGUCAACAUGACCUCACCAGGAGUCAACAUGACCUCACCAGCAGUCAACACGACGUCACCAGCAGUCAACAUGACCUCACCAGGAGUCAACAUGACCUCACCAGCAGUCAACAUAACCUCACCAGCAGUCAACAUGACCUCACCAGCAGUCACCAUGGCGUCAACAAAUGUCAACAUGACCUCACCAGGAGUCAACAUGACCUCACCAGCAGUCACCAUGGCGUCAACAAAUGUCAACAUGACCUCACCAGGAGUCAACAUGACCUCACCAGCAGACAACAUGAGCACAAUUUUUACCAGGUCACCACCAGGAAAUGUCACCUCUGCACUAGUAAAUGGAACAUCACUCAAACCAGAUAUCACAACUGGUUCUCCAGUAACGACCACAGCUGCUCCAGCACCAGACUCAACGAUCAAGCUGGGAUUUAGCUUGAUUCAAAGUUUUGAUUCAGAUCUUAACAAUAGAGCUUCUCAAAAGUUCAAAGAUUUAGCAAACACAAUAACAACCGCACUCGAUAACAUCUUUAGAACCAAAUUUGGGAGAAGAUUCCUUCGAUCAUUGAUACGCUCAUUCAGACAAGGUUCAGUGGUGGUAGAAUCCGAGCUAAUUUUUGCCAAUGCCAGCUCAGUGCCAGAAGCUAAUGAUGCACAGACCACUCUGGUGGAGGCAGCGUCCAACAAUUCCAACUUCUCCCUACCAGUGAAUGUGUCAACCAUUGUUGCAACUGUAUCUACAUCUGUCAAUGCUACAGUGGCCCCAACUGCUGCCCCUAAUGCUACAGUGGCCCCAACUGCUGCCCCUAAUGCUACAGUGGCCCCAACUGCUGCCCCUAAUGCUACAGUGGCCCCAACUGCUGCCCCUAAUGCUACAGUGGCCCCAACUCCUGCCCCUACUACUACAGAGGCCCCUGCAUCCACUGAUCCCCCGACAUCCAGUGAGGGAAGCCUUCGCCUUCUUUUCAGUCUCAGCCGAGCAUUCACAUCCGACCUCUCAAACCGAUCCUCAACGGCAUUUAGAACGUUGGCUGCUGAAGUCAUCAAAGAGGUUAACCGAGUGGCUAAAAAUCUCUAUGGACCAUCUUUCAGACGCACCAUCAUUAACAGUUUCACGAAUGGAUCCGUAAAGGUUGACAGCACCCUUGUGUUCCAAGAUAAGAGCUCAGUUCCUGAAGCAAGCAAUGCAACUUCACAAUUCAUCAGUGCGCUCACCAAUUCCUCCCUUGGCAUCGUACCAGGCAGCAUUUCUGCACAGUCCACAUCAACUUCAAGCAGCCCCCCUGUGCCCACAAUGGGCUCACUGGCAGUCUUUUCACUUACACUGCUGGCUGUAGCACAGAUGCUGGUAGACCUAUAACAGACAUUGGAGGUAACAAAAGAAAUACAAAUAAUGAAAAACGAAAUCAAAGCAGCAUAAUUCAUGAUUUAAAGAUGUGUAUUAUUUGUCAAAGAUUGAGCCUUUUUUAUCACCAUUUAUGUUAGAAUUACAUGUGCUUGACUUUUAUGUGAUUUAAAAAUACAUGAAUUACCACCAAUUGCUUUGAAAAUGCUUCUUUAUAUUUUUCUUGGUAAUUAUGUACAUUUUUACUGCCAAUUAAAACCAUUAAACACUAAGGAGGACACAAUUUACAUCCAAUGCCAUUGUGAAGCACAAAUGAAGGAAGAAGUGUAAAGUUUAUAUACUGUGGUGCCAGAAAACAAUGGUGUGGAUUAAUAUCAUGUUCAUGGUGAAAUCUAAUUAUGGGAAACCAGAGACCAGCAAUUAUAAAGACAAUGCAUCCAAACAUAAACCUGCUAUUUAAGGUUGCUUACUUUAACAACACCACAGUUUUCAAUUGAGAAUGUUGUGUAAGUGGAAUGGUAGAUGCACAUUUAAGAGUGUCAAGCUGUUAUUUUAAAAUACUGAAAUGUAUUGAUUGUAAUUUCUUAACUCUUCAAAUUGAAUCCUUGUACAUGGGGGAUUAUAAAUAUUGGUAUUAUAAUUAAUC